GGAUUUGUUGUGGCGUGGUCCGGAAGUAAAAAGAACGCAUGUGUUCGACUGAUCAAGCACUUCUCAAAGAUAAAAGAAGAGGAUUGGAAAAAAGAAGUGGAGUUAGCAAAAGAGCUUAGGCAGGGACUGGAGCAUCCCAAUAUAAUCAAAUACUGCUGGCACUCUGCAAGUACGUAAAUAACAGAUACUUUCCCUUAUUUCACUGUUGAAUAAAUCACGACGUAAGAAAAUGUAUUAUCGAAAGAAUCUUAGUUAGUAUGCGGCUUGAAUUCCUAACUUAACGCCAGGUCCGUAUGGAAGGGAGGGGGUGCGACGGGUGUACUCGCAACCCCCCCCCCCUUCCCCCUCACAGGCCUCAGAGGUCCCCUUUUUUGUUUAUCAACGAUUUAAGACAAAGUGAAGUAAUAGUAUUUUUCAAUUCUAAUUCACUGAUUGUGGAGUAAAAUUGAAAAUAGGGUGAAGAGUUGACUUCGUGUAAGAGUAUGAAAAAAAGGGGAUUUGGUAUGCAUACAAGGCAUUUACACCCCUUGCUAAUUCGUCGCUUGCUCUUUCAUUUUUUCGGGUAAGGUCUGUUUUGAAGGAUUCGUGGUGCGGAUUGAGCAAAUGUUUCCUUGCCUCUUUUCUUUCACUGGGAUGUUAUGUGGUCUUUUAUAUUACUGUACAGUGGCUUCCUGUGGUUUCCUGGCUAUCUUUGCUCUAUCAGAAAUGGACCUCUGAUCGCUAGCUGAAGAUGUUGAUGAUUCUUAUUUUUGGGUCUCUAACCUUUAGGGUUUGUUCCCACAGCUUCCUUGGAUCUGAUUUAUUAUUUUAAGAGGGAGUAAGACGUUUCCUGGUAUUAUUUUGACACAUGCAGGAGCCUGCUCUUUAGCGUUGCUUGCAUGAUAUUGAAGCUCCUAUUAAAGCUGUCCUACUCUUAUAAAAAAUUGCCCUGUCAUUCGGUCAACGGCGUUGCUUGCAUCAUUCAACUCCGAGCCCUUUCAUAUUAGAAUAAUGCAAUCCUAGACCAAUAUCAUUUGAAAGGUCCGGCCUAAUGGCAAUACUAUAAAGGUUGCUUUGAUGUCGAUUACGCUCUUAUACAUAGCUUAGCAUAGCUGUUAUUACUUAUACAUAGCUGUAAUUCCAUCAGAUGAUUGUCAGAAAGAAAAGACUAUUCUUCAUUUUAGCGUUUCUUUUACUUUUUGCAGCCGAAAAGUGUGUUGUUAACUACAAGAAAGCAGGAUUUCCAAGAUUCAAGAAAAGUUCAUUGUAAUGAAAACCAUCCUUUCCUUUUAGCCAAGUUUGAUUUAGUCAGAUUUUUUAACCGAUGAAUUUUGUAGAUGUGAUUUGUACCGGUAAAUGGCUGUAUUGUUUACGGGAUUCUUAGAUAUUUUUAUAAACAGCUUCAAGUUAUCUAGAUUGGGGCGUAACCUAGCGGGUAAGCCCCUAUCAUGGAAAGCGUGAAAAAUGCUUCAUAAAUAUGCGGUAGUCUUAAACAAAACUUCGACUUUUGUCUUUCUAUCUUUGAUUUGUUCAUUUAUUUCGGGUUUUUAAAUAAAAUUAGACUUUUUUUUCAUUUCUCAAUGGUUAUUUUUACCGUUCAUUGACAUAAGAAGGAUCUAAAACUUUCCUACGCUUAUAACUGUCUGCUUUGUGUGUUUUCUGAAAUACCCAGCUUCCAAAAACAUAUGAAUCAACCAAAAAGUUUUUAGUACCCCAUUGUUCUUUCUUUUUAUUUUUUCCCCCUAUUUCUCCAAUUCGUAGUUUAUUGUGUUACGACUUUUCUGCAAACACGACUUUGGAGGAGUAUUUCAAAAGUAACAGGAUUAUUUUUAAUCUGGACUCUCUUAUCGCUGUGGCUAUUGACUUGAUCUCCGCUAUACAGCACUUAGAACAGAAAGGCGUGGUCCAUAAUAACAUAACAACCUCCAGUAUAUUGAUUGGCAGAGGAUUCAGGGUAAGUUUAAAACAUUAGUGUAGGGCGUCCUUGUUUCGCUUUAUCGCCUUAUGUAUGCGUCAUGUAUGCGCCUGCGCGCUAGGUUUUGUAAGUAAUCAACCACGCGUUCCGACUUAAGAGCCUGAAAAGGCUUAAGUUUGUACUUUACUUCGCGCUUUUUUCAUUUUUUCUGCAUACCAACCUUCGUAAUAUGUGAUCCAGGUUGACAGAUUCCCCUAGAGGUUCCUUCAGAGAUCAGUUAAGCAUGUGGAAACUGUCCUAUCUGUUCGAGCCAACUAGCGCAAUUAAGAUACCUUAAAAUACCAUCAACUCCUUAAGUCAUUAAUUUCUUUAUUUACUAAGAUUUUAGUAUCUAGUAUCUUUUUGAUGAUUUUAUGACUUUUCCAAAAUGACAAACAUAACAUCAAAACAGAAUGACAAAAUUUGCAAGCUGCGACGCAAUCAAGUCACUUGUCCAAACUUAUCUAAGGUCCAGGAGACGGAGCCUAGGAAUUUUCAUCAAAAUACAUACAGUGUUAAAGAAAACCUCAAAUACUUUAUAUCUUUCAAUUUUUCUUAGAGCACUAGAAACGAUCUUUCUGCUUUCUGCCAGGUGCCUCCAAUAACUGCUUUCUUGGGAAGUUUUGGUUUCGCUCAGCGGGUUUCUCAGGAUUUUCCUGAAUGUAUUUUAAAUGGUCACUCAGUGAAGGACAUUUUAGGCAAGAAUAUACUUCAGUUCGGUUUCGUCCUGAGUGAACUGAUGAAGAAUUGCCGCGACUCCAAUGAAUUUGAGGAGGUAAUUGUUACAUUACGUAGCGAAUAGAUCGAUUAUUGGCAUUAAUAUAUAUAGCUCAGGUGACACUUGAUUAUGAUUUGAUAUGGCUGACCCACAACAGCUGAGAACCUUGAGCCGUGUGUGACUACUUUAAGUAAACCAAACCCCACUUGUAAUUGUAACUGUGGACUUUCUCAAUUACUUUCCGCCUCUCUAGUAAGCCGUAAGAGCCCCCCCCCCCCACCCCUGCCUUGAACUCCAAAAAUAUGCCCCCGGGUGCUUAUUAGAGAAUUGGUUUUUACUGUUCAUUGCUUUUAUGCAUAAUUCAGUAGCCUUUAAAGUGUACGUCAUUACAAAGGCUAACAAACUAACAAUGCUGUUAAGAACAGUAACCAAACGUUAACUGUUACACUAGGUAGCCGUCGUGUAAAUAUAGGUGUUAAUAGUUAAAUGUUUUUUUCCUUUGCUCUUUUUUAAUUCAUUUAUACAUUAAUUCUCUUUUAGCUUCAAGAGGUGAUGCAUUUGUGUUUUGAACAAGAUCCUGAUGUGAGACCAAACGCAUGUCAACUAAGAUACCUGGUGGAGGAACUGUGGUAUCGCAAUGAUAUUUGGGACACUAGCUUGUAG